AUGGAGUUUAAUACAAGAGCGCAUGGAGCGACGUGGCGAUGGCCUCUACUGCUAUCUGUCGUGCUUCUGAACAUCUGUUUGCCGAGUCUCGUGUAUGCUUAUGGAGUAAUAUUAGUACAUUUAGAUGAAUUUCACGUGCCGAUAUGGGUCGGUCUCUCAACUCCUACAAUUUAUAUACUCAUCUACAACUUUACACAAUGUUGGUUCCGAGAAGCAGCAGACUCCUGGGGUGGAGCGGUCGGGUACCGUGUGAUGGCGACACUAGGCCUUGCUAUGGUGGUGGCUAGCCUUCUCAUCUGCGCGUUUAUUCCUUUCCAUCUACAGCCACUUGUUUAUGGAAUACUUGGAGGUCUCGGAUCAUCACUCAUAUCAGCUCAAGUAGAUGCAGUAGUAUUCGAUACUUAUGAUUCACGAUUAGGAAUUAUUCGCGGUGUAUGUUUCGCUGGUCAAGCAGUGGGUCAAGCAAUGUUCCCUCAUAUCAUAGUAGCACUAAUAGAUGCAUAUGGAUACUCCUACUCAUACAUAGUUCUCGCCGGUAUAAUACUUCAAACAUUACCAGCGAUUCUAUUACUAAGAGUCGAUGAAAGCAUACAAAGACCAAUUUCCUACUCCAGAUACAGUGACUUGGCGAAAACAUACGCUGUCUUCAGUAACGAAGGGAUGGAUAAGAAUUUCUAUACGAAUGAAUUGCCACUACAUGAUUUGAGCCAAAAAUAUUGGAAAAGUCCAGAUGACAAUCUGCAUAAAGAACCAGAUUUCUCAGAGGACUUUGAAUACGAUGAUGAUGUAGUCGCUACAAUUACUCCACCACCUAGUCCAGAGGAGAAAAGGAAAAAUAUAUUUGGUGUUGAAAUACUUCCAGAAAUACCGGAAGAGAGUGAAGAGAGCGAAUGCGAGGAAGAAGAAAAAGAUGCGAGUGUGAACAAAAAGCGACUCAGUGUCGCUAUCAAGAGACUGAGUACAUUAGGCGAUAGUUUUGACGAUUGUAUCAGUAAGCAAAUAAGACGAGACUCACAACCUGAUGGUAUCGAACACAAGGAUUAUACUGAAGUAGAAGUGACAUACGAUAAUGUAUCACCAGUAACAGAUAUUCAAAGAGAGAAAAUAUUUAAUUCAUUUAGUUUUCGUUGUCAGUCCGCCUAUGCUAGUAUGCGAAGAAGGAUGUGGAUGCCGUCUUAUAGAAUUUAUACGAUACGAAGAAGACUAACAUUUUUCAUGUACAAUAUCAACGAUACGUUUAUAAAACCACUGACAAGAUCAUUGUCAUGUUGGAAGUUCUAUCCUUCGUUAUUGUUGUAUUUCGCUAGACUGAGUUUAACGUCUGUAGCAAUGGUGUCACUAUCGAAGAUAGCUUCUGAAAUGCAUCCCAGGAUAGCAAUAUCUGAUGCGAAUUUCCUGAUGACACUGUAUGGUUUCACUUGGAUAUGUUUCCUGUUAAGUACACCAUGGCUCGCACAAACGCCUAAACGAAAUUUCAAGUAUGUUGCUCUAGCCGGCGUGGUUAUAUCCACGUUAGGAUGCUUUGUUUUAGCAGAAGCAGACAACCAUGACUCAUUCUCAAUCGGUUGUGUAAUAGCUGGCUUUGGCUAUGGUGCCGUUUCAUGUUGCUGGGAGACAGCAGUGCAAGACUUCGUUGGCGCAAGAAAAUGGCCGAAACUCCAUAGCCCUCUGGAAACGAUCUCGGGUACUCUACUAGCUGUGUUUGUUGUAGGAAUAUCUUUCAUAGUCGACGAAGACAGAGGUUUACAGACCGCCAUGUUCAUUUUAGCCAUAACAUUAUCCGUUAUUAGUUUUAUAUGGUUGAUCAUAUCGAUCUGUUACAUUUAUGUGACCAAAUUAAAAUCUGUCAGGAUAGGUAAACGUUGGCUAUUUUGA